AUGCCAGCACCUAAAUUAUUUUUACUACCAAUAUUUUUAUUAUUAUCAGCAUUCUUCAAUAAUGUACAUGCAACCUCAAGCGCAUGCAAUCCAUUAUCAGCCACCGCUGCUUGUUCCCCAAAUAAAGCAUUAGCUACAAGUUAUGUGGACACUUUUUCCGAACAAUCUUCAUUUUUCUCCAAUUAUACCUCUACAGGAGAAAUCACAUAUAGCGAAGAAGAUGGUAUGAAAAUGACAAUGAAUAAAAGAUUCGAUAAUCCCGGUUUAAAAUCUAAUUUUUAUAUCAUGUAUGGCAGACUGGAAAUUGAAUUUAAAUGUGCCAAUGGCCAAGGUAUUGUAUCCAGUUUUUAUUUGCAAAGUGAUGAUUUGGAUGAAAUCGAUAUUGAAUGGUUAGGUGGUGACAGUACGCAAUUUCAAUCAAAUUAUUUCAGUAAGGGAAAUGUUACUACAUAUGAUAGAGGUGAAUUUCAUACCGUUAGUAAUCCAUGUGACACCUUCCAUACUUAUGGCAUUGAUUGGGAUAUGGACAAAACAGUCUGGUCGGUAGAUGGCCAAACCGUUAGAACCCUUUUAAAUACGAGUAAUGAGGGCUAUCCACAAUCUCCAAUGGCUAUAUAUAUUGGUUUGUGGGCCGGUGGAGAUCCUACUAACCCAAGUGGUACUAUAGAAUGGGCUGGAGGUGAAACCGAUUAUACUGAUUUGCCAUUUUACAUGUUUGUUAAGAGCAUGACUGUUUCUGAUUAUUCUACCGGGUCCACAUACAGUUAUAGUGAUCAGACGGGAAAUUGGGAAUCUAUCGUUGCUUCUGAUGGAGCAGUGUAUGGAAGAUAUGAAGAAGCCGUCGAGGCUUUCAAUACAUUGGUAUCUAAUUCUACUGUUAGCUCAUCUAGUAAUGGCACUGCCACUACAUCUGCCACUACAUCUGUCUCUGCUUCUACCUCUGAUUCAGUCCCUGCUUCUUCUUCAGUCUUUACCUCUACAUCUGCCUCUGAUUCAGUCCCUGCUUCUUCCUCAGUGUUUUCUUUUACUAAUUCUUCUUUUACUAGUUCUUCUACAAUUAUUAACAGCUCAACCGCUAGUUAUAUCUUCACUAGUGAACUCAGCUAUUCCUCACUUUCUUCCAGUAUUGAUUCGUCUUCCAGUCAGGAUUCUACCUCUGUACCAACUACUACUACAUUAACUACCAAACCUAAGAGUUCUUCCGCUAGCAGUAUCUCUAAUAGCACCACCAAAAAAGCUGUUACAGUUUCUUCAUCCAACGAUGGUUAUAUCAAUAAUUUAAAUGGAGCAUUAACAAUACUUUUUAUCGGUAUUUUAUCUUUAUUAUAA